CAGCCCCCCGCCCUCAAGGCAGGACCAAGCUCCGUCUACACCAUCCCUGACAGAUGUCUAUAAUACAGUGCUGCUCUUCAGAAGUCUUAUGGUUGUUACAGAUAAGCUGUGGAUUCAAAAAAAAAGAGACCGCUUCGGUAUGACAGCAGUAGAAUUACUUGGAACAGAAUUAAAGGGAACAAAUGAAGACCAUGAUCUGCUUUUGACUUCUGCAGCACCAGAUGUUUCCGGGAUCCAUUCACUGUUUGCCUUAAUUCCCUCAUGGACAAAGAAGAUUUUGUCCAAACGAGAGUCUGCCAUUAACCAGCAGCUGGUGGAAGAUAUGCCAAGAAUUUCAGUGUCUUCUGGGUAUGGGAUAGUUCUUCAGAAAUGUGCAGUGGUGACUACUCAACAUGAUCUUCAAACUGCGUAUGUAACACUUCUGAUAAAUAACACGAACACAUCCAGUGUCACAGAUCUCAUUCUGUUGGACAAUAUUACUGGCCUCCAUGUUCAAGAAACCAGUGGUAAUAAGACUACAGAUGGAUGCCAGAUAUAUAAGAAAGGAUUUCUGCAAGUUGGAGAAUACUACUCAAUCAACUAUGUUGCUUUUCUUGCUGCAAAAGAAAUCUGGGAUGGCCAAGUCUUAACACUGCCAGUUAAACUGACCUUCAGCACUUCAUUACCGAACAAAACACAGCAUAGUUUGACUGCAUCAUUCACCAUAACAGGAAAAGAAAAGACUAAGGUUUUGUACAGACAUGGCAUCCAUGCUUCAGGAUUCUUUGCUUCUUUUGUUAUUUCUCUUGUAUUAACGUGUGUUGCAUUUUUUGCUGUUUACCAAACUAGAAGAUUAAAAUGGAGUUUCCUUAAUAAAAAACAGGAGGAUCAAUAUGAGUAUAUUUUGGAUCACAAACUGGAGUAUUCACAGUUUAAUUCAGGAGAUCCCUUUAAUGAAGAUACCAUUAUGAAUGACCAGAUUAUUGAGAUACUGGCUUUUGAAGACUCUAAGAACAUGCUUCGAGCGUUAGAAGACUUGGAAGUAGCAAACCUGAUUCGGGCAGAUGCUGAUCUGGAAGCAUAUCGCAUGCAGAUUUACAAAGAGGUGAUUGCAAUGUUGAUGAAAAACAUGGUUUUCAGAUACAAUCUUUCUCCUAAUGUGGAGAAAAGGAUGAGUUCCGUUUUCAAAAAACAUUUUUUUGCCAUGGAGAAUGAAGUUCAGGAGGAGUAUAAAAGGAAGAUAGUGGCAUUAACCGCUGAAUGUGAUCUAGAUACUAGGAAAGAAAUGGAAGCUCAGCAUCAACGAGAGAGAGCUGCAAAUGACGAAGCUGAAGAAAUAAUCAAGCGACUGAAUGAGAAGUCUGCUAUCGAAUACAGAGAUCUUCUGGAGAAAAUUCACAAACUUGAGCAAAACCACAUGAAGAGGUUCCUUUUGGUGAAGCAGGAGGAAUAUUUUGCGAAGGCUUACCGCCAGCUGGCUAUUUCCCAGAGAACAGAGCUCCAUAAUUUCUUUUUUACACAGAUAAAAAAUGCUGUUUUCAAGGGAGAAUUAAAACUAGACACGGCCAAAGCAAUAGUAGAGGAUUACUCUAAAAUACAGGGGGACUUUGAAGAAUUGAUGGAUUUUUUACAGGCUAGUAAGAAGUAUCAUCUGAGUAAAAGAUUUGCUUACAGAGAGUACCUGAUAAAGAAUAUGCACUUAUGGGAUUCUUAUACCUCUUCUCUCUUGAACACAGCAAUAAGCCAGAUAGCAAGUCUCAUAAACAAGAUUGAAAGAGCUGGUCAUUUGUCUGAAAAUCAUGUGGGAACACUUCUAGAUGAAGCUCAGGCAGAGGUUCAUUCUGUCAAACAGAAGUUGGAUCAUAAUUUAAAACAGGAAAAGCAAAAACUUCACUACAAACUUGUUACUAAGAGAAGAAGAGAAAUGCUGCAAAAGCAGAAAGAACAAAGAAAGGAGCAGAUGUUGAUAGGAGACACUUUUAAAACCACUAAAGAAGUUAGCCACUACUUGAGCCACUGGCAAAAUCUUCUGACUGAUCAUGUGGUUCAAUUUGAAGAGCUUAUUGAAAAACUCGAUAAUGAUGCCAGUGAAGAAAUAAAAGUGCUUAGAUUUACUUUGACAGAGAAAGCUAUUGAUGAACUCAAACGCAUUCAAUAUGGCGUAAUAGCUCAAGAGCUGUUAAAACUGAGUGUGCCAAAGCCGUUUCUGCAACAAAUUGUUGAGGAGCAUAAAAAAGAAAUUGCUACUCAGACUGAACAGCUUGAAAAAGAAGAACAUGAUAAAAAUGUGGCCACUGGAGAAUGGCUUCAGAAUACCAGGAAAAAACUGAGCCAAGAGCUGGAACACAACCUUACAGAACAAAAAAAAUUAAGGCAUUGGGAACAGUUAGUUUUCAUGAGACUUUUAAGUUUACCCCUUUCGUUAUCUGAAGAAGAGUUCCUCAGAAUGAGGCAAGAGUUCCAUUGCUGCUAUUCUCAGAUGGACAAUAACUUAGCUUUGCCAAAGAUACGGGCAAGAGCUUUGCUUCAGGCAUAUCAGUUGGUGUGGAGGGAUGCAGAGCUGCUAAAAGUGGAUCAGAAUUUAGUAGUAUCUGACAAACAGCCGCAGCCCAAGGUCAAAAAACAACGAUCCAAGAAUAAAAAUAAGAUAUACAUUCUGAAAAAAUCUUUGGAGGACAAAAUUCGCAUCUAUGAAGAACCAGUUACAGAUGAAAAUUUGAACAAGGUUCAUAAUGACUUGUUGCUUGAAAAGGAGCAUCAGUUGCAUUCAUUGGAGAAUAAACUUGGAGAGUGCAUUGCUGCUUUACAGUUCCAAAAGACUGAUAAGAAGUCCAAAACAUUGGAGAUUUACACUGCUAUCAUAAAUGUACAAGCUUUGCUUCUGGAAGAAAUGAGCACAUCAAAAACACUGUCAGAAUCAGAAUGUACCCAGAUUUUAGAGGCACACAAUCCUGAGAUUGAAGAACUUGACAGAAAGUUGGAAUAUGAAAUGUUACAUCAGGAGACAGCUCAGCAGCACCACCUAAUGAAUAGGCAGAGAUGGACUCCAGAUGGAUUAGGACUUUUGGAUGAAGUUGUAGAAAUUCCUGCAGACAGACAGGUGUCUGCUCUGCUGCAUCAGGCACUGAAUAAGUGCAAGCAAUUAGUGAAUCUGCUUCAACAAAGCCUAAGAGAAGAGCAAUGGAAUAAUGUGGUUCUGGAAGAUCUUCUGGAGAAUAUAGAAAUGGAUACAUUUUUGGCACUUUAUAGCCAGGAGCUCCAAUUGGCAGCUUAUUUAACCAAACUGACAAUGGUACCAGUGGGGAUGUUGCACAGAUUGUUGAACUUACUGCUGCCUUCGAGUUCACAGACUGAGCUUCUUUCAGUACUAGAUUCAAUCAGCGGCAGAUACGCAGACAGUGUUAUUGAAAGUGACAACAACGUGGAGGAAGCCGACAGUUGUAGAAAGAGGAAGCACCAAGGGUCAUGGCAAGCAUUAGAGAGCAAAGUAAGGCAGGAUUUGAUAAGCAAAGGCUUGGAGAAGAUGCAUUCUGCAAACAGGAGAAAAGAAAGCCUGCUAAAGAAGAAGCAACUUGAACUCCUGGAAACAGCAUCAUUCUCUCACUUAGGAAGUUUGUCUAGACACCCUUCUGGCCAGCCUGAUUCAUUGAACCUUGCUACAGCAGAAGCCAUUGAGCUGUUAGACACAGGGGAGAAGAUAUUUUUGUUCCGUGAUCAAAGGGAUCCAAUACUUGCUUUGUACAGUUCUCCAAGAAAAAAGAAAAAGAACUUCCUAAAUUCCAAAAAGGCUUCAUUGACAAACAUAGGCUAAUGAGGAAGAUACCCAUUCAGUGCAUGGAUUAGAGAGAGAAAGUUUAUUUCCAAAUAAGUGUCAUGAAAAAGGAGAUCGUGUACGUUGAAAUCAUCCGAGUUGUUGUAUAAGUUGCAAUACUUGGAUUUUUGCAUUGUAAAUCAUUUUUAUUCUUAGAACUGGAUUUUGUGCUCUUGUCAUGCAGCAGUGCACAUUCUGUGUGUAUUAACUAUUGCAGGAGCAGUAGGUGAAUGUGUCAUAUUCUGAGUUGCAGAAUGUAAUGCUCAUUUAAUUCAUUGUAUCAGUUUUGUAUUCUGAGCACAUGUACAGUAUGCCUAGCCAUUUGAUAGUCUUCUGUCAGCUGAAGAGCUGCUAGCCUGCUGUGUAAGUAAGUCAGUGGGCAAUCAUCAAGAAUAUUUGACAGUCUGAAGUCAGCUCCAUCUACAACGUGAAUCAUUAGAGAAACCCCAUUUGAAGAGAUUAGCUGCACAUUUGCCCAACCCUAUUUAAAAAUGGUGCAGAUGACGACCACAUGUGCCUUGGCAGGUCAAAAUCUGAGGUGUAUAUGGUUGGGUGGGUGAUGAGAGAGUGAUUAGUGCCUAUCAUUGCUGACCAGUCAUGGCACGCAAAUUCCCCUGUCGUGCUGUGGUGGCAUACGUGACUAUAAAAAGGUGUCUAGAAGACAGUGAACUAGCAGGUGGUCAAAGAGGUCUGAAUACAGAGGCAAGUUCUCAUGGCUCUUUGCUAGGAGUAUGAUGGAAGUCUCUUCGUGGUGUAUAUGGGGUAGUGCUAUGUUACUAAGUAUUGGGAGCCAUGGCAACAGAGUUGCAUGUAACAUCCUGGUAACAGUGAGCCUAGCUUUGUCAAGCUCUACAUCCACCAGCCUCAAGGUAAGCAACAGCAGACAGGAACACAAUACUCUGCUGUUGAAUACUGAUUUGACUGUAUGCAAUAUUUUUAUUAUUGUUUGUUGUACUAACUUACAUGAAAUCAACUCCCGGUUAACAAUUGCAGGAUACAGAACUAAAUACAGAAAGAAAAGGAAAAACAGUACGUCAGAUAACUGUGGUAAUAAUUAUUAAUAAAUAGUUUGUUAAUAACCACUA